GAGAUAGCCGUUGCCCAAGCAAGAGAACAAGCGUUGGUGCAAAUUGAUACUGAAGUAAACUCUGAACCUAUUGCAGAUGGAAUGAAUGAAUAUCUUGAAGCUGCUCAUUCGACCUGCAAGAGCCCUUCUCCAAGAAAAGAGGAAUAUCUAGAGAAAAGACAUUUGAUAUAUCAAGAGAAGGCAACUAAUAUCGAAGAUGCGUCAUCAGGAUUCCCAUUUACGUAUAAGAUAGAUAAACAGAAAGAUUCUACG